AUGUCUAACCGGUUGAUGCACAUUGUGGAUCCAGUACUUUUAAAUGUUGAUGAAGAGACGAUUGCUACUAACCAUAGGCUGAAAGAAACAAUCCAACGGGGAACUAUUGUUGCAAUCAAAGUACUAAAUCUUCAGCGUCGAGGAGCUUCCAAGAGUUUCAUGGCAGAGUGUAAAGCGUUGAGAAAUAUCCGUCAUAGGAAUCUUGUAAAAGUCAUCACUUCUUGCUCAAGUAUUGAUUUUCAGGGCAAUGACUUUAAAGCUCUUGUUUACGAGUACAUGCCAAAUGGAAGUCUUGACAAGUGGUUACACCCAGGUCCAGAAACAGAAGAAGAGCAACCUGAAAUUCAGAAUUUUAACCUUCUUCAGAGAAUAAACAUUGCAAUUAAUGUGGCAUCUGCAAUAGAUUAUCUCCAUUAUCGUUGCCAUGAGCCAAUCCUCCAUUGCGAUUUGAAGCCUAGCAAUGUUCUUCUAGAUGACGACAUGACAGCUCAUGUUGGGGAUUUCGGUCUAGCAAAGUUUCUCCCAGAAGUCUCAAAUCCAAACCAAAGCAGCUCUGUUGGCGUAAGAGGAACAAUAGGCUAUGCAGCCCCAGAGUAUGGUCUUGGAAGUGAGGUGUCGACAGAUGGGGAUGUCUACAGUUAUGGGAUCUUGUUGUUAGAGAUGGUAACAAGGAAAAGGCCCACAGACCUUAUGUUUGAGGGAGGCCUCAAUCUUCACAAUUUUGCUAAAAUGGCCUUGCCUGACCGGGUGAUGGACAUUGUCGAUCCAGUACUUCUAAAUGAGGUUGAAGAGGUUAUUGCUACUAAUCGUAUACUGGUACAAGAAAGAAACAUUAAAAGAAAGGAAUGCCUCAUCUCAAUGGUGAGGGUCGGAGUGGCAUGUUCAAUGGAGAUACCACAAGGUCGAAUGAACAUAACCAAUGUUGUUCAUGAAUUACAAGAGGUCAAGAACAUCCUUCUCCAGCCUAGAACUGUUCUCAUCAGGCAAGGAGGUCAAUCAGUUUGAGCGAGGUGAAAAGUGAACGGAGUUUCUGUGAUUAUCUGCCAGGCCACCCACAUUUUAUCAA